AUGGCGUCUAGGGUUCGACCAACACUAUUUGACAACGAGUUGGUUGACAUCUUCAUGGGUACGCUGCAAGGGCUGUAUUUUGAAAAGAUGAUUGGCAGUUCAUCAACAAACUUCGCCGAUAUGGUUACUAUUGGGGAACGUGUUAAGAGUGGGCUGAAAUCUGGGAAAAUAACAGACACGACCGCUCCACGGACAAUCAACAAGAGACCGUAUGGGGGCUUCGCAAAGAAGAAGGAGGGGGAAGCAAACGCUGUGACGGCGAAAGCUCGCCCCCGAUAUCAAGUUCCGACAGCCCCUAUGCCGUAUUACCCAUACCAGUACGUUGCCGCAGCUCAGUACCAACAACCGUUUUUCCAGUAUCAACUGCAAAAAGACAAUCGACAAUCAACACCCGCUCAGAGAAAUCCAAACCAACAGUAUAAUCGAGCACAAAACCAAGGAAACAAUUUUGGGAACCGACCCCAAUUUGACAAAAUUCCGGUGUUGUACUCCGAAUUAGUCCCCUAUCUGGUUCAUGUAGGGGCGAUCAUACCAAAGGAAUUGCCCGUGGCCACUCCUCAAUUCCGCGCCAACCACGAUCCUAAUGCUUCGUGCAUUCAAGACUUGAUAAACCAGAACAUCCUGACCUUCACCGAAGAAAAACCGAAUGUAAAGACAAAUCCUUUGCCGAAUCAUAGUGGCGCAUCAGUCAACGCCGUGAUUGAAGAGGUAAAUGCCGAAGUCGUACUGAAAGUUGAAGAGUUGAAAGGGUGUGUGCAGGCACUAAUGGACCAAGGGUUAAUACAGUUCUCUAAAGCUCAAGCAGCAGAAGGGGUAGCAGUAAUUGAACCGAUAACAAUUGCAUAUAGGAAGAAGAAGGUUGAAGCUCCUCCCAAGAGAAGUCAGCUGAUCCAUUUCCGUGUUCCAACUCUGUUUCCGUAUCAGAAUACCAAGGCAGUGCCUUGGAGUUAUGAGACCACAGCGUAUUUGGGAGGGAAAGAAAUCUGCAUUCCUGAUACAGAGAUCGUCAACAUCACUGGAGCGGGAGGCAUGACUCGAAGUGGCCGUGUAUUCGCUCCUAAAUACACUCCUAGGGUGUGUCCAACACCUACAGUUGUCUCGCCUAAAGAAAAGGCAACUCCUACGCCGACUCCGCAGGCAGGGACAACUGUACUCGCCACUCCGACCGUGACGACUGCUCCGGUAUUGACGAGAGUUAUUGACAAUGAUAAAGAUGAAGAGGCCAAAGUGUCCAAGGGUAAAUGGUCGAUGGUUGAAAAAGAACAGUCCGGGGAUCACAAGAAGAGUAUCACCUUUGAGGAAAGUCAGGAAUUCCUCAAACUGAUCACAAAGAGUGACUUCAAGAUUGUUGAGCAGUUGAACCAAACGCCUUCCAAAAUAUCAAUUUUGUCUUUGCUAUUGAGUUCUGAGGCUCAUCGCAAAGCAUUGCUGAAAGUUCUAAAUACCGCUCACGUGAUGCAAGAUAUCACGGUCGAUCAAUUUGACGACGUGGUUGCCAACAUCACCGCCACUAGGUAUCUGGGAUUUAAUGAAGUAGAGUUACCUCCUGAGGGAAAGGCCCAUGACAAAGCACUACAUAUUUCGGUCACAUGUACUGACUCCCUCUUAUCACGAGUCCUUGUUGAUACUGGAUCCUCGCUUGAUGUGUUGCCAAAAUCUACAUUAAGCCAGUUACUGUUUAAGGGGCCCGAGAUGAGAACCAGUGCAUUAAUUGUUAGAGCUUUCGACGGUUCCCGAAGGAAGAAGAUUUGUUGGUCAGUGAACUCUCCUCCUCCAGAUAUGUUUAAACAGAUGAGGGGAUUGUCGAGGUUCCGCUCCACUAUCUAG